CAGCUAGCGAAAAGAUACUGGAGCCUCCGAAAAUUCAAGUUGAACCCCUAAGAUCAAAAAACGUUAGCAGCUUUGUUCUUUUGCAGAAUUAUUUCCAAAAAAGUGACAAUAAGGAUAUUAAUAACUUUCUUGUAAGAUCAUCAUAUAAUCAAGCAAAAAGAAUUUUAGAGUGGAUACCAUAUAAGGAUUUUUUGGAUAUUGAAUAUAUCAGAAUUGGUGGAUUUAAUAAGAUUUACAAAGCGGCGUGGCACAGAGGAUACAUUAAACAUCGGAAUUUAUUAACGGAAGUAGUUCGUUCCGAAUCUGUGAAAGUGCAUUGA